AUGAAGGAAGCCAUCAUUCAUCCCGGCCCUAAGGUCGAGAUUGUUGAUUCUCCUAUCCCCGAACCAGGUCCAGAUCAAGUAGUCACGAAGGUUGUGGUCAGCGGGUCGAAUCCUAAGGACUGGUAUGUUCCCCAAUGGAUGAAAAUAGCCGUAAACCAAGGCGACGACAUCGCCGGCAUCAUCCACACCGUCGGCUCCAACGUCACCGAAUUCAAGCCCGGCGACCGCGUGGCCGCCUUCCACGAGAUGACCAAGCCCGGCGGAAGCUACGCCGAGUACGCGCUCAGCUGGCAGCACACCACCUUCCACAUCCCCAAGACGACCAGCUUCGAGGAAGCCGCUGCGAUCCCGCUCGCCGCUAUGACCGCGGCCGUGGGCUUGUAUCUGCGGCUCGGCCUCCCGGAGCCCUGGCAUGCGCGCGAGGAACCGCAUAAGAUUCCGCUGGUGAUUUAUGGAGGCUCGUCGGCGGUGGGGUCGUAUGCGAUUCAGUUCGCGAGGAAGUCGAAUAUUCAUCCCAUCAUUGCGGUUGCGGGCGGAGGGGCGGCGCACGUGGAGAAGUUGAUUGAUAGGAGCAAGGGGGAUACGAUUGUGGACUACCGGAACGGGGCAGACGCCGUUGUCGAAGGCAUCAAGAAGGCGCUGAAUGGACAGGAGCUGUUUCACUGCUACGAUGCCAUCUCUGAGAAGGGUUCGUUCCAGACGAUGUCCAAAAUCCUCGCGAAAGGUGGGAAGAUCACGUUGGUCCUGCCUGGAAGGGAUUAUUCGGACAUUCCGGAUUACAUCGAGCAUAGCACAACCUCUGUCGGCAGCGUGCACAAGGAGUCGCCAGACUUCGGAUACGUGUACUUCAGAUUUCUCAAUAAAGGCUUGCAGGACGGAUGGUUCAAGCCUCACCCACAGGAAGUGGUGCCUGGCGGGCUGGAAGGCGUGCAGCAGGCGUUAGAAAAUUUGAGAGAUGGGAAGGCCAGUGCUGUCAAGUACGUGUUCAGAGUUGCGGACACCCCAAUGGGUAAGUCGACAUUAUAG